AUGACCAGCGCAGCCGUGAAUCCAACGAUGCGAUCGCACGGAUGGAACAUUGAGCUCCUCACAGCGCCCGGCGACGUUCCUUUCGCUGGCGUCUUCCAACCGGCAAAGGAUGUUUUUAUGACGUUUCGCGACAUCGUCAAUGAGAUGCGUCUGAGUUUCGAGUUCCAGGAUGAGAGCUCGGAUGUGUGGAAUGAAGUUGCUUUCGGUCUUUUGGAUAUGCUGAAUGUGUCCGAGGAUGAAUGUCCCGCUCCCAAGUUCGUGCAUGGCAAUGGGCUGGAUCAACUAGUUCCCGCCCUUCCUGAGCUAGAACCUGAUGCUCCUGAAGACCGUGCGAUCCUCCAGUACCGCGUUUUCAAGCACCACGAUUGCGGCUUGUCAGCUGAUCAGCCAUCCAAGUGCCACUUUGAGGCUAGAUGCGCGCAGCGCAUUUCCAAGCCUGUCCGCCGGCUAGAGCCACGCUACCUGCCUCCUAAGAAGGCCUCAACUGACCCACGCUACGCGGCCUACCCCCUCCGCAAAACAGUACGCGGAAGGAAACCUGGAUCUCCCUCGAAGCGAUCAGCAUCUGGUUCUGUGUCACCACGUAAGGAUCCGGACAUAGACCAGGCUGAUGAGGACUUCGCCAACAUGGUUGCACCCCCGGAAUGCAAUAUCUCCGACGAAAGAGCCAAAAUGACCAUGGCCAACUUUCGCAACUCUUGCCUCACGUCAGCCAAGCAGUGUGCCGUUACUGGCAUGGGACGCUCGUGGUGCGACAGCCCAACCAUCGGUCCCGCGCUGCAGGCGUGUCACAUCGUGUCUCAGCUGCAGUAUCAUACAUACCCCGACCCAGAAGCUGAUGCAGACGAAAUGCAGGACGGCGGCGAGAGGGUGAGCCCUCGCCGUUUAGAGCAGGCCUGGGAACGCACCUGGGCAUCAGAGAAUGGGGUCCUCCUCUUCAGUCAUCUCCACGACAUGUUCGACCAGCGGCUCUUCUCGAUACACCCGGAAACUCUCCAGGUUCGCGCUUUCAUGCCAUACGAUAUCCUCCUCGCAUACCAUGGCCGCAAAGCCAAAGUGCAGCGUCGGGUGGACAGAGCUGCGCUACGCCAUCACUAUGACAUGUGCUGCAUUGAGAAUAUGGCCGCCAAGAUGCCUUUCGUGGAGCAGCUGCCCCGGACGGGGAGUGUUGCAUCGACAUCGGGUAUUAAUACUCCGCUCGAAAUUCGACCCACGCUGGCCGGGAUCGCAAGCCCGAGGAUACUGGAGUCGCCUUCCGAGCAAAACCAGGGCCAAGAUGGACAACGUCCUGAUGGUGACCCCUCCAAACGGGCGCGGCAAUCAGAAAGACAGCACAUCCCCGAGUUGACAAGCGAUUGCACGGAUUCGUCUAGAUCUCCAAGCGACAAACCUAUGGGCGACUCGACUGCCUCUCCCGACCUCCCAUGGUCACGCAAACGCAAACGAGAACAUGAGCCGCGGAUUGCAGCCAACCACGAGAGUUAUCUUACACCUUAUAACAGCGAGGGAUUUUUGGCAGAUGUGAGCUGGGAGUUGACAAGACUUGCAAGGCGGCGCAAAUGGGGGCGGGGAUAUUCUUUCGCGUGA